CAGCCGUAAGCUCAUGAAAUGGUCCGAAAUUCUAAAUUAAAAAUCGAGUCCCAUUUAUCUUUGAUUUCUCCUUUUCAAAAGCCCUAACAACUUCCCCACUCUCUCCCCGCCACCUCCCGCCGCCGUUCUAUUUCUCUCUCAAAAUGAACGCCGCCAUGAACUUCACCGCCGCCACCACCACCACCAAACCCCACUCCCCCUUCCUCACCGGCGGCGUUUCCCUCCUCCGCACUUCCCCCACCCUUCUUCCUCUCCACCGCUCUCCCCCCUCCUCCAUCCGUAUGUCCCUCCGCGACGAUGGUCCCUCCCUCGCCGUCGUCGGAGUCACCGGCGCCGUCGGCCAAGAGUUCCUCUCCGUCCUCUCCGACCGCGACUUUCCUUACCGCUCCAUCAAGCUCCUAGCCAGCAAACGCUCCGCCGGCAAGGAGAUGACCUUCGAAGGCCGGAAUUACGUCGUUGAAGAACUCACCGCCGACAGCUUUGAUGACGUUGACAUUGCCUUAUUCAGCGCUGGCGGUUCAAUUAGCAAGCAAUUUGGCCCAUUGGCUGUUGAAAAGGGCACCAUUGUCGUCGAUAAUAGCUCGGCAUUUCGAAUGGUGGAUGAUGUCCCCCUUGUUAUUCCUGAGGUUAAUCCUGAUGCUAUGGCUCAUAUUAAGCUUGGUAAUGGAAAGGGCGCUUUGAUUGCUAACCCUAAUUGUUCUACUAUUAUUUGCUUGAUGGCUGCUACUCCUCUUCAUCGCCGUGCUAAGGUUACGCGCAUGGUUGUAAGUACAUAUCAGGCAGCUAGUGGUGCUGGUGCUGCUGCAAUGGAAGAGCUUGAGCUGCAAACUCGUGAGGUUUUGGAAGGCAAGCCUCCAACUUGCAACAUUUUUAGUCAGCAGUAUGCUUUUAAUUUGUUCUCCCACAACGCACCGAUUCUUUCCAAUGGGUACAAUGAAGAGGAGAUGAAAUUAGUAAAGGAAACCAGGAAAAUUUGGAAUGAUAUUACUGUCAGAGUUACUGCUACAUGUAUAAGGGUCCCUGUAAUGCGUGCACAUGCUGAGAGUGUAAACCUUCAAUUUGAGACUCCCCUUGAUGAGGACACAGCAAGAGAGAUUUUAGAGAAUGCUCCCGGUGUGGUGGUAAUAGAUGAUCGUCCAUCAAAUCAAUUUCCAACCCCUUUAGAAGUUUCCAACAAGGAUGAUGUUGCUGUUGGCAGGAUAAGGCGUGAUGUCUCUCAAGAUGGAGAUAGCGGGUUGGAAAUUUUUGUUUGUGGUGAUCAAAUACGCAAGGGCGCAGCACUUAACGCUGUUCAGAUCGCUGAGAUGCUGUUAUAGAUUUGUUUCUCAUUCCCGAUUUUGUAAUUUUUUUGGUGUUGGGGUGUUGUUGGUUCCUAACAACCGCUUUAUGCUCCGAGAUUACUGAGAAAAUUUUGCAAUUAAGCAACCUGUAUCAUGCUGAUCUGUACAAUUGAGUAGUAUUUGUUCUUGUUUUCCAGAUUAUCUGGUAACCAGGUAAUUGGUUUCCCAAAUUCCAUUAGUUUUAUUGGUUUGUUGA